UCAGGCAAACAUGAUUUGUGUGGCUGCAUGGACAGAUGUCGGUCCGGUACCGCAUUCGAAAGCCCGUCAUGCCGCUCUCGCGUCAUACAUCACCAGAGCACAUCCACAAGCCAUUGAACCCACAGUCACUGCUAAUACUAAAUGCCUCUCUGCCUCUCAAUAAGCCACCCAGCGUCCCUCCCUCCCUCUCCCAGCCGCCCACUCAUCCAAGGACCCCAUCGAACACAUACAUCUACACGUCCCAGAAUAUGGGUUUGACGUUCUUCCUUCUGGCUCUUUUGAGCCGCAGGUUAUUGAGCUUGAUGACGAUCUUCCGGUGCUUCCGCAGAAACUGACGGUACUCGGUGAACGUGGCAUUCUCUAUCCCCUGCAGGAAAAGGCAGACACCAACCCACCCGCCACACACACACACACCGAUGACGCCUGUGUGCCUGUCAUAAGUCUCGUGUUUGCGUGUGUGUGUCUGACCUGUCCGUAGACGAACAUGAGCGACAGUUCGCCAUAGGUCUUGCUGGGCUUGUCCAUGCCCCACAGCCAGUCGGGGUAGCAGUGGUCAGGCAGCAGCUUCGGGUCGCUCUUCUCGAUGAAAAUGUUGAACAGCUGACCGCUCGUCGGCUCAGACGGCGCAGCGGCGCCCUUGUCCGCAGCUGCCUCGGCCUUCUUUUUCUUGGGCGCAAGGGACAUCGGGCUCCGGGCAAAGCCGCUGAUGAAGCGGGCGGCCGGUGGGCGGCAGAUGGGGGGAGGGGGCGAACAGGCUGUCAAUUCGCAUACUGCGUGGCAGACGGCUCUCCGCAGCGCCAUGAUCUACUUUAGGACACAAGACAAGCUUGUGUGAGUGCACCCACUCGGUCAGGCUGCGAGGGGGGGUGAGGUCGGAAAGUUGGGAGCGU